AUGGGUCUCGCCGUCGGCGAAGGAAGAUCGACUGCCAGACGCGACGAAAGGGGAUCUGGAGACAAAAGGAGUAAAUCCCACCCAUAUCUCACGUUCCAUAGCAAAAUCGGACGGGAUCACAACCUAAAAUACGCCAUUGGAGCGCCAGUCAGCCUCCAAAUCGACGGGGAGGAAGAACGAAAGUUAUCGGCGGUCGUGGGUCUCGCCGUCGGCGAAGGAAGAUCGACUGCCAGACGCGAUGAAAGGGGAUCUUGGAGACGGAGAGUCAACAGCAACGAGGGAGGAUUGAUUUCAUCGGCGAUGACAAAAUCGAAGGAUAACAAAAGGUAG